AAGCCCUUCUAUGCAAAUAUGAGAAAAGAAGUCACAGGUAGGAAGCGGAGACAUGAGGGCACGUCCUGCUGGACAUGCAGUGACAUUAAGGUGUCUCACCAGUGCUGAAUACGGAUUUUCCCAUGGAAACCUAUCUGCUGGCUACGGGUAGAAGUCUGCAAUUGUGGUAAAUUAUACAAUCGUAUAGGAUAACUCCCGUGCAAAAAAAAAAAAAAAAAAACGAACAGAAAGGGAAGCUGUAAAGCGGAAGAUGGCGCAGCAGUAUAAUGCCUGUUGUUCAGUUCUUAAGUCUAGAUGUAGUACCCCUCUGACUGUUGUGCUACUAGCUAUCCUACAGCUCCUGUCUGCACUGCCAGUGGCACAUGCUGGCCUCUAUAGCGCCUCGGAUCACGUCUUAGUGCUUGAUGCAGACAAUUUAGAGAGGACUGUGCUGAAUUCUAGUAACGCUUGGCUGGUGCAAUUCUAUGUUUCUUGGUGUGGCCACUGCAUUAAGUUCUCUGAUACUUGGAAAAGCAUAGCAAACGACAUUAAAGAAUGGAAGCCUGCAUUAAGUCUGGCUGUUUUAGACUGCGGUGAAGAAGCUAAUAAGGAGACAUGUUCCAAAUUGGGUGUUCAUGGAUAUCCAUCACUAAGAUUCUUCAAGGCAUUCUCAAAAAGUUCCUCAGAUGAAAUAAGCACUUUAGAAUCAGACAGUGUCCAGUCUUUGAGGCACAGAAUAAUCGAUCUCAUGGAGAAGCAUGAAGAGGUCUGGCCCCCAGCAUGCCCACCACUGGAGCCAAUCAGUGUGCUGGAAGUGAACAAUUUCUUCACUACCAAUAAUCCCUUGUAUUUGGCUCUCAUCUUCGAGGGAGAAGACUCCUAUAUUGGCAGAGAGGUGACACUGGACAUGUUGCCCUAUGAGAACAUUGCUGUACGGCGUGUACUGAAGAGUGAACAGGCCCUGGUGGCUCAUUUCGAGGUGACAUCCUUUCCCUCCUGCUACCUCUACUUCAAGAACAACUCCCAUGUCAGGGUCAAUAUACAAAUGGAGGUACGUUCCUUCUAUACUUACUACUUAAAGACACUGCCAGGGGUAAUGCGUGGAAGCUACAAACUGCAUGUGAUGCCAGAUUCCAAACCUGAUGUCACUGAACCAUGGAAACCAUUUGAAAGCUCCAAGGUGUAUAUGGCAGACCUGGAAUCAGCGAUACACUACUCAUUGCGAGUGGAAGUGGGCCUACAGCGUGUGUUGGCAGGGGAGCAACUGCUGGCUCUCAAAAGCUUUGUUUCUGUAUUGGCUAAGUAUUUCCCAGGGCGUACACCAGUCAGACGUAUCCUAAUGACCUUGAACACUUGGUUAAAGGCAGAUGAAAAUGAUAAGAUUCCAUACAGUGACUUUGAAGAUGUACUAAAUAACAAAAUAGAGGUCCCGAAUGCAGUGCUAUCAGACCGUGUGAACUGGGUCGCAUGUCAAGGUAGCAAACCUCAGUUCCGUGGAUUUCCUUGCUCCCUCUGGACACUGUUCCAUUUUCUGACAGUACAAGCAGCAGCAAAAGAGAGACCAGGAAGCACAGUUUCAGAUCCACUAGAAGUCCUGAGAGCCAUGCGUGGUUACAUCAAAAACUUUUUCAGUUGCAGGGAGUGUGCCAAGAAUUUUGAGGCUAUGGCUGUCGAGUCAAUGGAGACAGUGAAAGACCAUGAUGAGGCCAUUCUUUGGCUUUGGUCGAGACAUAAUAGAGCCAACAAUCGACUAGCAGGAGACGUGAGUGAAGACCCCAAGUUUCCAAAGCUACAAUGGCCACCACUUGACUUGUGUGCAGAAUGUCACAAUGAAGUGAAUGGUGAGCAUGCCUGGAACAUGGAUGCUGUACUUCAGUUCUUGAAGGAGCACUAUUCCAUCAACAACUUAUCAGGUGAUUAUUUAGAGAGAAAGUCAGAGCUGCUAAAUAGACAAAAGCAAAAACUGGCCAUCUGGAAAAAGGAAGAAGAAGAAAGGGCCAGAAAUCUGGCUAGGGAAAUAAAAGACAAAGAAGUGGAUGAGGAGAAUAAACAAUAUAAGGACUAUGAAGUGGGGAAUGAGGAAAAUGGGCAGAAUGAGGAAAAUAAUGAGCCAGAAGAAGAACAUGAAGUUUUAGAUAAACCAAGAUCCAAAAAGAACCUGAAAGCAAGUAUCAUCAAAGGAAAAAUGAAAAUAAGUGAGGAAGACAUUGUCGAUCUUGACACUUUUGUUGAGCAGCAUUAUAAAAGUCAGGCACUGCAAGCUGCUGCUGCUGCUGUGGCCAUGGCAGAAGUAACGAAAAAAAAAAGUUUAACGAAGCGGGAUGAAAAGCGCAAACCAUUGCAGUUGCAACUUGAAGAAGAUGAGAUCAUUGAUUAUGUAGGGAUCCAUGAACGUUUGAAGAAAAGGGGAGUGGGAGGCAAGUAUCUAGUAGAAGAAGAGUCUCCAAAGAAACAGUACUGGAAAAGGGUGCUGGGAAAGGGCUUUUCCAGGUUGGACCUUAGCCUAUGUGCUCUGUUGUACUUUGUAUCAUCAGUGUUCCUUUUGGUACUUUUCUUGUUCUUUAGGAUGCGACGGAGAUGCAGGAGAGUUCGACAUGUCUUUCCCGUUCUGUGAAAAAAAAAGUAUGAGAAGCUGGAACUUUUCAUGGUAUCUUUCUGAAUUACAAAAUGGAGGGUUGAUCAUUUACAUGAAAACACAUCAUGAUCUGUAGCAGAUAGUGAAGCAGAAAUAAUAAAAGCUUAUUUAAACAAU